AUGGUCUUAAAUAUCAUUGAUACGGUUUUCUGGUUUGCAUUCCUCAUCAUCACUGGUAUGGGAACAGAAGGGGGCAAGUCCCCUGGGAGGAGUGAUUCUAGUACUGGGCCUUGCUCUGCUUGCUAUCUCUUCCCUGCUGUCGACAGUUUGCGUUCGUAUAUACCGUCACCACAAGCUCUAUGGGAUGCUUCCCCAUGA